AUGCCGAAAAAUUACGAUGCUGAGAAAAACAAUCCAUGUUUGAAAGAACAGGAACUGUCGUACAAAUGUCUCAGCAAGAACAACUUUGAUCACGGCAAAUGCGAGCUCUAUUAUGCAAACUACAACAAUUGCAAAGAAUUUUGGAAUAAAGUCCGUGCAGAUCGGCGAGCGAACGGAAUCUUUCCUUACCUGCCUGAAGUAGCUGACCGGGAAAGCAUUAAAACCGAAUAUAUGAAAACUAAACCAACAUGA